AUGAGCUCAUUCAGGGCCCGAUCUCGGUCAGAAGCAGGAUGGUUCCUCGCCGGCCUCAGCUCCUCGUUCCCCGACCUCGGGGCUGACGAGGGCAACCUCUCGGAGCUCCGGUUCUGCGAUGCGGACCUGAAGCCGGGGUGCAAGGUCUUCCACGUGCCCAAGUCGGACAGCACGCAGAGCACCGAGGUGCUGAUGGCCCCCGACGUCCUGAACUACGCCGAGCUGGAAGGGGAUCUAAAGGAGCAGGUUCUUGUCUUUAGAUACAAGGGCAAGUUUCACGCCGUCGAUCAUAAAUGCCCACACUCCUCAUAUCCUUUAUCGCAUGGCACCCCGUUCGACAUUGAGGAUUUCGGCAUGGUCUUGAGUGCGGGCCUGACCUGCCCGAAGCAUGGGUGGUCGUUUGACCUCUUCUCUGGGAUGGCAGACCGCGCGAGGUACAAGCUGGGUGUUUGGGAGGUCCAGUUGCGGGACAUCGCAGAGACGGGGGGAUCCAAAGCUGCGACGGCAAACGCGGACCAGGAGGUGUGGGUGAGAAGAAAGCAGAAAAUAGGUUAG